AUUUGGGCCAGGGUACAAGAUCCAUAUACAAAUUGAAAACUGGGUCCAACGCGGCCAACAAUGAUACCCUCAUCCUUUCCUUUCUCUUCAGCUCCUCAGAUUCCACAAGCAUAAAUUAAUUUGGUUUUUCCUUCACAGUAAUUGAUUGUUGAGUUUUAUAGUGAUGGUAAAGGAACCAGCAAAGCUACUGAUACUAUACGCUUCUCAAACCGGAAACGCUUUGGAUGCGGCGGAGCGUAUUGGCCGCGAAGCCGAGCGACGAGGCUGCGCCGCCUCUGUUCGCUCUAUCGACGAUUUUGAUGCUAGUUCUUUACCUCACGAGGACAAUGUAAUUUUUGUUGUUUCCACCACAGGUCAAGGAGAUACACCAGAUUCCAUGAAGUCGUUUUGGAAGUAUCUUCUGCAGAGAAAUAUUGCUAAGAAUUGGCUGGAAGGAGUUCAUUAUGCUGUUUUCGGAUUGGGUGAUUCUGGCUACCAGAAAUAUAAUUUUGUGGCAAAGAAGCUUGACAGAAGAAUUUCAGAUCUUGGGGCAACAGCUGUUGUUGAAAGAGGUUUAGGAGAUGAUCAGCAUCCUUCAGGGUAUGAAGGUGCUUUGGAUCCUUGGAUGUCAUCCUUGUGGAACAUGCUGUAUCAGAUUAACCCUAAAUUCUUCCCAAAUGGUCCAGAUUUUGUGAUAUCAGAUACAAAACUCAUCAAUCAACCUAAAUUUCAAAUAACAUAUCAUGAAAUUGACGAGGUCGACUUACAAUCAUCUUCUGCUCCAGGUCUUGAUCAUGUGCUGAUGCAAACUGGUAGAGCUCGGUCCAUGUCUCCUGGAAAAGUUUCUCAUAUCAAGAAUAUUCCUGACUGCUUUCUUAAAAUGAUCAAGAAUCAACCAUUGUGUAGAGCUGGCUGUGGAAAAGAUGUGCGCCAUUUUGAAUUUGAGUUUGUUUCAUCUAUAAUUGAAUAUAGAGUUGGUGAUGUCCUGGAAGUUCUUCCUGGUCAAGAUCCUGCUGCAGUGGAUGCUUUCCUUCAGUGUUGUAAUUUGAAUCCUGAAUCUCUCAUCACUGUGCAUCCUAUAGGGAUGGAGAGUCGUCAUUGUGAUGCUGAAGGCAAUGACUACAAAGUCCCUAUAAAAUUGAAAACUUUCGUGGAAUUGACCAUGGAUAUUGCAUCAGCUUCCCCUAGGCGUUAUUUCUUUGAGGUUAUGAGUUAUUUUGCAACAGCCGAACAUGAAAAGGAGAGACUUCAAUACUUUGCCUCUCCUGAAGGAAGAGAUGAUCUUUACCAGUACAACCAGAAGGAACGAAGAACUGUUCUAGAGGUACUGGAAGAUUUCCCUUCUGUGCAAAUGCCAUUUGAGUGGCUGGUGCAGCUGGUUCCUCCAUUGAAAACAAGGGCUUUCUCCAUUUCUUCUUCCCCUUCAGCUCACCCUAAUCAAGUGCACUUGACUGUGAAUGUAGUUUCAUGGACAACUCCCUUUAAGAGGAAGCGAGCUGGUCUCUGCUCUACAUGGCUAGCUGGACUUGAUCCACAAGAUGGUAUGGGUGCAUAUAUUCCAGCAUGGUUUGGCAAAGGCUCCCUUCCUCCUCCACCACUAUCAAUUCCCCUUGUACUCGUUGGGCCUGGUACAGGCUGUGCUCCUUUUCGUGGAUUUGUAGAGGAAAGAGCCAUACAAGACGUGUCCGGCUCAGCUGCUCCUAUUAUGUUCUUCUUUGGUUGUCGAAAUCAGGAGAAUGACUUCUUGUACAAGGAUUUUUGGUUGUCUCAUGCAGAAAACGGUGGACCACUAUCCGUAGCAAGGGGUGGAGGGCUUUAUGUAGCCUUCUCAAGAGAUCAACCACAAAAAGUUUAUGUGCAGCAUAAGAUGCGGGAACAGAGCCAGAGGGUUUGGAAUUUGUUAGUGGAGGGAGCUUCAAUAUAUGUCUCUGGUUCAUCAACCAAAAUGCCUUCAGAUGUAAUGUCAGCCUUGGAGGAAAUUAUAUCCAAAGAGGCUGGAGUUUCGAGGGAAACUGCUGUUUUGCAGCUUAGGAGAUUGGAAAAGGAUGGUAGAUACCAUGUCGAAGCAUGGUCUUGACCCCUGCUGGGUUCUUGCAUCAUGGGACAAUUCCCCACUGCAAGGAACUAAACUAGCUUCUAGUUUGUGUGAGAGUACUGGGGACCUCAAAUUGAUGGUAAGAGGAUAUUAGUCCAAGACACAGCAUUUGUAAGGGUAAUUUUUAUCCAUGGGGACUUAAACCUGCCCCAAUUACUAUAUCCAUCAAAUAAUGGGAUUUGAAAUUGUUUUGAAUAUUACAUAAUACAGUUGAGUCGUCAGCUUCAACUUUGGAAGUCAAAACUUGCUGAAUUUCAGGGCCAAAUAGAUUACACGUUAGUUUACAACCAAAUAGCAGCAAAUUAAUGCUCUAUAUUCUCCCCCUGUAUUCCAUUUCCAUUUCUAUGACGGGCAACGAAGGAGCUUCCUUUUGAAUCUGAACUUGGAUUAUAAGAGCAUCCAGGGUGAGUUCUUUGUUUUUGAUUGCUUUCCAAGUAUUGCUUCAAUAUAAAUUGAGGUUGGCCAACAUGGUGUGACAAUGUUCUAAACAACUUACCUCCACCAAUGUCUUUUCUGAAAGAAGGUUGGGCAUAAAUCGGAGUCACACCCAAUGAAAUGAAGAUUUAAGUCU